AUGAAUAACAAUAAUAGCAAUAAUAAUAUCAUCAGAAAUAAUGAUCUUCCUGAUAGUAUUGGAAAUACAAGUGUAUUCAAUGAUCCCACUAUAGAUCUAACAUUAAAAAAAAUUAAACAAGACUAUUUAAAAUCAAAGCGCAAUUUACACAAUUUAGUUUCCAGCACAAACAAUAAUGGAAAUGGCAGCAAUCAUUUUAAUAACAAUCUUUUUAUUCAAGACAAUAUAUCAGAAGAAGCUAAUAUUUUAAGACCUCUGCAUAAUACCAAUAUUAAAAAUAAUAAUGAUAAUAUAAAUCACAAUAGUUCACAAUAUGAUAAAUUCCUACGAAAUCAACUGAAGGAUACUUAUUUGGCCAAUAAUAAUAAUAAUAAUAAUAAUAAUAAUUUAUUUUAUAAAAGUAGUGAUGGAGUAGGUAGUGCAACUGCUUACAAUCGCAAUAAUAACAUUAAUAUGAGCAGUAAUAAUAAUGAUAAUCGUACCAAUAGUGAUAUUCAAGAUUUAUUAAACAUUAUUAGGAAGCAGCAAGAACAAAUAUCCAGAUUAUCCCAAGAAAUACAACAGCAAAAAAUAGUUACGCACACUUUGAAUGUUAAUUUCAAUAAUUUACAGUAUAAGUUGGAUCAAUUGGCUAUCAUCAAUACCACCACCUCAAGUAAAAAUGUUUCCGAGGUUACUUCUACUGGCAACAGCAACAAUAAUGUAUCAUACGAUAAUACAUCCUAUUUAUUGAACAAGAAGGUAAACAUGAAUAAUCAUUCUAAUGGCGGCAAUUCCAACCGAAAUUUUUCUAACUAUAACGAUAAUACCACACAAUUAUUAGAAAUAUCAUCUAACUAUAUAAAUAAUUAA